UUCUCAUUAGACGGUGAACUUUUGCUUUGCACGGAUCCCAGAAUUUCUUAGACCGAAAAUUCGCGUCAAAAUCAGCAACGGCAAAACCACAAAAAAAAAAACAACAACAAUUAGUGAGGGAGGCAGAAAAUUCCUGUCCAAAACAAAAAGCAGCGAUAAAUUAUAAACAUAAAGUGUUGGGCAGUAAUUGAUUGAAUUGUUUCGAAACGCAAAAAGCAUUCCAUUCCAACAAAGCUUAAAUCGUAUCGUAUUUUUGUGCUGAAAAUGAAGCCCACAAAGAACUCGACGCUGGAAGUCAUCUCACCCAAAGUACACGUGGACGAUGAGUACAUUGAGACGGACUACGAUUAUCAAACUUCGCAUGUUAAACGCAGUGCCGGCGGCCAAAUUCAGGUGCACCCGCAGACGACGUCGCUGAAGAUACGCACUGGUCGCCAUGUGCCCAAGCUGGGCGUCAUGCUCGUCGGCUGGGGUGGCAACAAUGGCUCCACUCUGACCGCUGCCCUCGAGGCCAAUCGUCGCCAGCUGCAGUGGCGCACCAAGGGAGGAGUGCAGCAAGCCAAUUGGUUUGGUUCCAUCACUCAGGCGUCGACUGUGUUCAUUGGGUCCGAUGAAGCAGGCAGCGAUGUGUAUGUGCCAAUGAAGGAGCUGCUACCCAUGGUGGAACCGAAUGACAUUGCUAUCGAUGGCUGGGACAUCAGUGGCUAUCAUUUGGGCGAUGCCAUGCGACGUGCCGAGGUGCUGGAUGUGGGACUCCAGGAGCAGCUCUAUGAGCAGUUGUCGGCACUGAAGCCACGUCCUUCCAUCUACGAUCCGGACUUUAUUGCCGCCAAUCAGUCGGAGCGUGCCGAUAAUCUGAUCAAGGGCACCAAGCUGGAGCAGUACGAGCAAGUGCGUCGCGAUAUUCGUGACUUUAAGCAGCGCAGCGGCGUCGAGACUGUCAUUGUGCUGUGGACUGCGAAUACGGAACGCUUCUGCGAUGUGAAGGCGGGUCUGAAUGCCACCAGCAAGGAGCUGCUGGCCUCGCUGCAGGCCAACAAACCGGAGGUGUCGCCUUCGACCAUCUUUGCCAUGGCCAGCAUUGCUGAAGGCUGUACUUAUAUUAAUGGCUCGCCGCAAAACACUUUUGUGCCUGGCCUGAUUGAGUUGGCGGAGGAGAAGCAGGUUUUCAUUGCUGGCGAUGACUUCAAGUCGGGUCAGACCAAGAUCAAAUCGGUGCUGGUUGAUUUCCUGGUGGGCGCCGGCAUUAAGCCUGUGUCCAUUGUUAGCUACAAUCAUUUGGGCAACAACGAUGGCAAGAAUCUCUCGGCACCGCAGCAAUUCCGCUCCAAGGAGAUCUCGAAGAGCAAUGUCGUCGACGACAUGGUCGCAUCCAACAAUCUGCUGUAUGCACCCAACGAGCAUCCCGACCACGUGGUCGUCAUCAAGUAUGUGCCCUAUGUGCGCGACAGCAAGCGUGCCAUGGAUGAAUACACCUCCGAGAUCAUGAUGGGUGGCCACAACACCUUGGUCAUCCAUAACACGUGCGAGGAUUCCCUCCUGGCCACACCGCUCAUCCUCGAUCUGGUCGUACUCGCCGAGCUGAGCUCGCGCAUCCAGCUGCGCAGUGCCGAGCGUGAGGCAGCUCCAUGGGUGCCCUUCAAACCGGUGCUCUCAUUGCUCAGCUAUCUGUGCAAGGCGCCGUUGGUGCCACGUGGCUCCCAGGUGGUCAACUCGCUGUUCCGUCAGCGAGCUGCCAUUGAGAACAUCUUGCGUGGCUGUAUCGGCCUGCCGCCCAUCUCCCAUCUGACCUUGGAGCAGCGGUUUGAUUUCUCCACCAUUACGAAUGAGCCGCCACAGAAGAAGGCUAAGCUGCUCGGUCAGAACUGUGCCGUGGAGUCCAGCUCGAAGCUGCAGGCCAAUGGACACACCAAUGGCACCGCCAAGCUGGCCGCCAAUGGGAAUGGACAUUGAGGACGUCAAGCAAAAGAACAGUAUGCUACAUGGGAAAAUUGUAGUAUAUAUAUCCUAUAUAUAUAACGUUUACAUAUAUAUCAUAUAUGAAUAUACAUAUAUGUAUUUGUUAGAUUACAAACUAAUCUUAAGUUACACUUAUCAAAUAAAUUUCAAACCACCUAAAAUUUGUUCUGCGAUACAGUUUGGGAGUCACCUUUAGAGAGCAAUUGGAGUGUCCAAGUAUAUAUCGAAUAAACUUUAAACCACAUACAGUUUGAGAGCCACAUGUUAUGUUGAUUUGUUUAGAAUAUACACGUUUCGGCAUUGACUUAGGUUAUUUCGCGUUCCGCAUCAAUCUGCUCGCAUAUUUAUAUAUUUUUCGGCUGCCCCGACAAUCGAUUGUUUAACAAAUAUGCACUAUUUUUAUUCGAAUACCGUACAUUACCCAUAUGGUACCAAGAACAAAAUAUGUACACAAAUACUUAAAAUUUUGGCAGCAAAUUUACAUACACUUAAGUUGCAGAAACAAAAAUGUUUAGGUUUUAAUUACUUGGCUGCACGAAUACGAAAUACUCUCUGUUCCGUCAUGAAGUUACUUGAUGAACGCAUUUUUCACUACGAGCGGUAGAUGGCGCUUUAUCAUAUGUAGACUGUUCGCAAUAUGAAGUCUGCACGAUUAUUGCUAAAAAUAAUACACGCAGCUGCUAAAUGCGUUUACUACAUUUUUAGUUUCUGUUAAAAAUUCGAAUUGAUAUAUAAAUUUACAAGCAGCUGUAAUCAAUUUAAAUUAUAUGUAUGUAGAUAUUUCAAGUUGCACUUUGUUUAUAUUAGGACAAGCCUAAAAAUAGGCUACGAAAAUUUUCAUUCGCAUAUUUAGCGGCCUUCGGAUUAUUUGGCCAAUUUUAAUCAUAGCAAGAUAGCAAGCACAUACAAACAAACAAAACAUACAAAAUAUUUGGGAAUUGGAUUUCCUAGCGUAUAGUUAAAAUAUU